UUUCUGAUAUUUACCAAGUAUUCACUGGCUACUAUGCACAGUUUUAGCAUUUUAUAUACAUUAUCUUACUGAAUAAUUUGGACAACUUACUGAGGAUAAAAAAUUAUUUUCCUCACAUUAGAUUGAGGAAAUUGAGGCAUAAGAGGUUAAAUAACUUGCCAAUAUCACAAGCUAGGUAAGAAGUGGUGGAAUAUGCAGCUGGCCAAUCUGACUCCAAUGACUUAGUCACUACUCCUCAUUUUAAAUGUCUUAUGAAAACCACUUUCUCACAUUUGGUUUCCAAGCUUUCUGCUCAUCUUUGAAUUAUUUCCUGUCUAGAGAUCUACCACUUUUAAAGAAUGCAGUAUGCUCUCCUCCUGUCAGCUAUUACGUCUGGAGCCAACAGCUCCAGCCUGACCCCAGGGUUUUUUAUCUUGAACGGCGUCCCUGGACUGGAAGCUGCACACAUCUGGAUCUCCCUGCCAUUUUGCUUCAUGUACAUCAUCGCUGUAGUAGGGAACUGUGGGCUCAUCUACCUCAUCAGCCAUGAGGAGGCUCUGCACAGGCCCAUGUACUAUUUUCUGGCCCUGCUGUCCUUCACUGAUGUCACCUUGUGCACCACCACUGUACCCAAUAUGCUCUGCAUAUUCUGGUUCGACCUCAAGGAGAUUGACUUUAAUGCCUGCCUAGUCCAGAUGUUUUUUGUACACAUGUUGACUGGGAUGGAGUCUGGGGUGCUCAUGCUCAUGGCACUGGACCGCUAUAUGGCCAUCUGUUACCCCUUGCAUUAUGCCAGCAUCCUCACCAACCGUGUCAUCAUCAAGGCUGGUCUUGCCACCUUUCUGAGGAGUGUGAUGCUCAUCAUGCCAUUUACCUUCCUCACCAAGCACCUGCCCUACUGCCAGGGUAACUUCAUUCCUCACACUUACUGUGACCACAUGUUUGUGGCCAAAGUGUCCUGUGGAAGUUUCAAGGUUAAUGCUAUUUAUGGUUUGAUGGUCUCUCUCCUAAUCGGUGUAUUUGAUAUCUGCUGUAUCUCUGUGUCUUACACAAUGAUCUUGCAGGCUGUAAUGAGCUUGUCAUCAGCAGAUGCUCGUCACAAAGCCUUCAGCACCUGUACAUCUCAUAUCUGUGCCAUUGUCAUCACGUAUGUCCCUGCCUUUUUUACUUUUUUCACCCACUGCUUUGGGGGGCACCUUAUCCCCCACCACGUACACAUCAUUGUGGCCAACCUUUAUCUGCUACUGCCCCCUACAAUGAACCCAAUUGUUUAUGGAGUAAAGACCAAGCAGAUUCGGGAAGGUGUGAUCAGAUUUUUACUUGGAGAGAAAAUUGUCUUUACUUAA